AUGGGCAGCACGUCACAGUCUUUUCCUGUGGAGUUAUCAGACCUCUCCAAGCACCUCAACUUGGACAUGGGCAGCACGUCACAGUCUUUUCCUGUGGAGUUAUCAGACCUCUCCAAGCACCUCAACUUGGACAUGGGCAGCACGUCACAGUCUUUUCCUGCUCUGGGGAUUGAAACGAGUGACAUAGCGGACGUGCCAAACGAGAGUUCAAAGAACGACAAGAAAGGGAAGGUGAACGCCAACGUGAAGACCAACGUCACGCCACAGACCAGCUCGGACCCGGCUCAGUCCUCUAAGUCUGCCCAGAACAACACCACGGAGACCAAGAAGGAUACAAACACCCUCGUGCCGCAUGUGAACAUUGAUGACUUGAAACAGAUGAAGACGUACCUUAAACUGACUAAGAAGCAGCAGAAAGAUCUGAACUCUUUAAAGAAGAAGCACGCCAAGGACUGCACCAUCAUGCAGAAGUCCCACUGCACCCAGGUGGACAAGAUGAUCGCUCUGCACGACAAGGAGAAGCAGACACAGGAGAAGCUGCUGGAGAAGGCCAUCAAGAAGCGAGGAGAAAACAACUGUCUGGAGUUGAAGAAGGAGACUGAGAGUAAAGUGGAGAACCUGACCACAGACCACAAAACCAAGGUGAAGGACAUCACAGCCCAACACACUAAGGAGUGGUCAGAGAUGAUCAACUCCCACAGCAGUAUUGAGCAGGAUAUGAAGGACAUCCACGUGGUCCAGCAGUGUGAAAACCUCAAGAAACUACUGAGUGGAGUCCAGGAACAACAGACUCUCUCGCUCAAACUGAUCCACGAACGGCAGAGCAAGGAGAUGCGGGCCAAUCAGGCCAAGGCGUCCAUGGAGAACAGCAAGGCCAUCAGCCAGGACAAGACCAUCAAGAACAAGGCCGAGAGGGAGAG